UGUAGAAUGCAGUUUAGGCAACAUAAUGUGUCCGGUCUAACCAUCAGCUAAGCCAUGGUUUUGGCCAAUUUUGGCGUCUGUGAUACAUGAAAGUUUCCACUAAACACAUAAGAAUGUCUGUUCUUGUUUAUAUGGCGGUAUUUAUUUUGGUUGUAUUUGUUUGUGUUCACUCGUCUGGAAGUAAACCUAAUAUAGUGGUACUGUUUGCUGACGAUGUCGGAUAUGGAGAUCUUGCCUGUUACGGACACCCGGCGUCGUAUACUCCGAACUUAGAUGGUAUGGCCAAAAAUGGAAUGUUAUUCACGUCUUUUUACAGCGCUGCCAAUCUGUGUAGUCCAUCAAGGGCUGCACUGUUGACUGGUCGUUAUCACAUCCGUUCAGGCAUCUAUCCAUUUGUCCUGGGUCCAGAUUCUACAGGUGGUCUUCCACGGAAUGAAACAACAAUUGCAAAUAUCCUUAAACAGCAAGGAUACCACACUGCUAUGAUUGGCAAAUGGGAUUUAGGCAUUGGCAAAGACAUGGUACACUUCCCAAUGCAUUAUGGAUUUGAUAAAUACUAUGGGGUUCCAUAUGUGCAUGGUGCCUGUCCAUGUGAAACAUGUUUUUAUCCACAUGAAGGAUGCCAGCAGAGUGUCAUAGGUGGUGAUAAAUGUGGAUUUGAUAAAACAUAUUGUCCGCUGUUUCAAAAUAUGAGGAUAAUUCAGCAACCUGUUGAUUUACUGACAUUAGCAGAAAAGUAUGUUGACUUUGCCAAAGACUUCAUCACUGACAGUGCAAAUGCUGGAGAAAGCUUCUUCCUUUACCUUGCGUACAACCACUGUCAUUUUCCUCAGUUUGCAGGAAAGAGGUUUCAUAAUUUUACACAGCGUGGUAUUUACGGUGAUUCACUAGCAGAGAUCGAUUGGAGUGUUGGUGAGAUCUUGCAACAACUGAGACAUAGUCAGAUAGAGAACAACACCCUGGUUUUCUUCACAUCCGAUAAUGGGGCAGCAUUGAGAGACUGGUACAAUGGUGGGAGUUCUGGUAUGUUAAAAUGUGGUAAAGCUACUACAUAUGAAGGUGGUCACAGAGUACCAGCAAUAGCAUAUUGGCCAGGUCAAAUUACAGCUGGUGUUAGUUCAAGAGAUUUCCUCACAACUUUGGACCUGUUACCAACUAUCACUAAACUUAGUGGUAGUGUUCUACCCAAAGUUACAAUAGAUGGAAUGGAUAUGUCAUCAGUGUUAUUUGGUCAGGCAAAGAGUGCAAGAGAUAAUUUACUCUACUACCCAGCAUAUCCAGAUAAGAAGAUUGGAGCCUAUGCCAUUCGAUACAAGCACUACAAGGCUCAUUUCUAUACAGAAGGUUCUCCACAAUCAGGAAUGUACAAUGCAGAUACAGAUUGCCAUCCAAAUAACACCCUUCAUCAUGAUCCACCAUUACUGUAUGAUCUAGACCGUGACCCUGGUGAACUUUACAACAUGAACAAGGAACCACAAUAUAAAGAUGUAUUAGAAGAGAUAAAGCAGGUGAAGACCAAGCUUGAAGACGCAAUGAUAUGGGGGACUAGCCAGGUUAAUAAACCCAAAGAUCCUAGACUUGAGCCUUGCUGUAUACCGGGAUGUGAUCCUUUCCCUUCUUGCUGCAGAUGUGAUUAAUUAUUGUUUGCCUGCAGAUUAUGUAUCCCAAAAACAUUAUCUUUUAUAUUGAAUACUUACUACAAAUUGAUGUCUUGAAGUUUACUCAAGGACCAACUACAUGUACAAUUUAAAAAUGUCUGCCAUCUCUUCUAUAACAAUGGUUUCACAAAGCUCAUUCAUUGGAUAUUUUAUUGAGCAUUGUACCAUUAUGACAGUUUUGUUCAGAACAAUAAAUAUGCUGUAUUUAUACUUAUACCACUUUUGGUCAUGUGACCAAUUGUUAUGACCAUUAGUUUAUUUUUGUCUCUGUCUUUAUACUAAUUGUACCAUAACCCAUAUAAUAAUAAAUUGUAAAUCAUAUCUUACAUCUUUACUGGGACUUAUCUUUAGUCAAGGUGCAAUGUCUGGAGUUGACAAGGAGACUUUUAUACUUAUGUAAAUUAACAUACGUUCAGCACGAUGAACUGGCAAAGCAACUGGUAAAUCCUUCAAUUUUAUACAUGUUUUCCAUACAUUUUUGUACUACCUGUUUAUGCCCUCUUUGAUAAGAAUAAUAAAUUUGCAGGA